AUGGCCGCCUCCACCAUGUCUGUCUGCUCUGAUGCUCUCACCAACUCCUCCUGGCAGGUGGAUGACUGCCCAGAGAGCUGCUGUGAGCCCUGCUGCUGCUGCCAGACCAGCUGCUGCCAGCCAAGCUGCUGCCAGACCAGCUGCUGCCAGCCAAGCUGUUGCCAGCCCAGCUGCUGUGCCCCAGCCCCCUGCCUGACCCUUGUCUGCACCCCAGUGAGCUGUGUGUCCAGCCCCUGCUGCCAAUCUUCCUGCUGCACACCCUCAUGCUGCCAGCAGUCUAGCUGCCAGCCAGCUUGCUGCACCUGCUCCCCCUGCCAGCCAUCCUGCUGUGUGACCCUUUGCUGCAAGCCUGUCUGCUGCACACCCAUCUGCUCUGGACCAUGCUGCCAGCAGUCUAGCUGCCAGUCCUCAUGCUGUCAAUCCCCCUGCUGUGUGCCUAUCUGCUGCAAGCCUGUGUGCUGCACACCCAUCUGCUCUGGCUCCUCCUCCUGCUGCCAGCCCUCCUGCUGUGCUCCUGUGUGCUGCAAGCCCUGCUCCAGCCUGUCCCUGCUGUGUCGCCCAGUGUGCAGACCUGCCUGCUGUGUGCCCACCUCCUCCUGCUGUGCCUCCUCCUGCCAGCCCAGCUGCUGUGGCCCAACCUCCUCUGUGUCCCUGCUGUGCCGCCCUGCCUGCUGCAGACAGGCCUGCUGUGGACAGAAGUCCAGCUGCUGAGGGCCAGGCCCCACUAAGGCAGCAGGGCACAGAACCACACCUCCAUCAGCCUGUGGUUGCUACUGAUG